AUGGGGGUAGAUGCAAAAACACAGGCGGUCCCCACGCUGGGCUACGCGGAAAUGCAGGCAGCUGAGGUAUUGGCCACGGAGCUGGAGACACCUGCCCCAGUCACAAAGAUGGACAGCAUGGACGCGGCUGCCUCACCCGUCAUAUCACCACCACCACCACCACCACCACCACCACCACCACCACCACCACCACCAAGCCCACAGCAAUGGCAGUAUCAGCACUCUGCCGGCGGCGAGACAAUGGCUGUCGGCUGGCAACCCGCGCCACAAUGCAACAAGAGCGGCGCAGCGCGCGACGGCCGCUUAACACAGCAACAGCUCCGUCUCCCAGCUGCCACCGCAGCCACCGAAAGUGCCGCAAGCCACCGAAAGUGCCGCAAGCCACCGCAAGUGCCGCAAGCCACCGAAAGUGCCGCAAGCCACCGCAAGUGCCGCAAGCCACCGAAAGUGCCGCAAGCCACCGAAAGUGCCGCAAGCCACCGAAAGUGCCGCAAGCCACCGAAAGUGCCGCAAGCCACCGAAAGUGCCGCAAGCCACCGAAAGUGCCGCAAGCCACCGAAAGUGCCGCAAGCCACCGAAAGUGCCGCAAGCCACCGAAAGUGCCGCAAGCCACCGAAAGUGCCGCAAGCCACCGAAAGUGCCGCAAGCCACCGAAAGUGCCGCAAGCCACCGAAAGUGCCGCAAGCCACCGAAAGUGCCGCAAGCCACCGAAAGUGCCGCAAGCCACCGAAAGUGCCGCAAGCCACCGAAAGUGCCGCAAGCCACCGAAAGUGCCGCAAGCCACCGAAAGUGCCGCAAGCCACCGAAAGUGCCGCAAGCCACCGAAAGUGCCGCAAGCCACCGAAAGUGCCGCAAGCCACCGAAAGUGCCGCAAGCCACCGAAAGUGCCGCAAGCCACCGAAAGUGCCGCAAGCCACCGAAAGUGCCGCAAGCCACCGAAAGUGCCGCAAGCCACCGAAAGUGCCGCAAGCCACCGAAAGUGCCGCAAGCCACCGAAAGUGCCGCAAGCCACCGAAAGUGCCGCAAGCCACCGAAAGUGCCGCAAGCCACCGAAAGUGCCGCAAGCCACCGCAAGUGCCGCAAGCCACCGAAAGUGCCGCAAGCCACCGCAAGUGCCGCAAGCCACCGCAAGUGCCGCAAGCCACCGCAAGUGCCGCAAGCCACCGCAAGUGCCGCAAGCCACCGCAAGUGCCGCAAGCCACCGAAAGUGCCGCAAGCCACCGAAAGUGCCGCAAGCCACCGAAAGUGCCGCAAGCCACCGAAAGUGCCGCAAGCCACCGAAAGUGCCGCAAGCCACCGAAAGUGCCGCAAGCCACCGAAAGUGCCGCAAGCCACCGAAAGUGCCGCAAGCCACCGAAAGUGCCGCAAGCCACCGAAAGUGCCGCAAGCCACCGAAAGUGCCGCAAGCCACCGAAAGUGCCGCAAGCCACCGAAAGUGCCGCAAGCCACCGAAAGUGCCGCAAGCCACCGAAAGUGCCGCAAGCCACCGAAAGUGCCGCAAGCCACCGAAAGUGCCGCAAGCCGCCGAAAGUGCCGCAAGCCGCCGAAAGUGCCGCAAGCCGCCGAAAGUGCCGCAAGCCGCCGAAAGUGCCGCAAGCCGCCGAAAGUGCCGCAAGCCGCCGAAAGUGCCGCAAGCCGCCGAAAGUGCCGCAAGCCGCCGAAAGUGCCGCAAGCCGCCGAAAGUGCCGCAAGCCGCCGAAAGUGCCGCAAGCCGCCGAAAGUGCCGCAAGCCGCCGAAAGUGCCGCAAGCCGCCGAAAGUGCCGCAAGCCGCCGAAAGUGCCGCAAGCCGCCGAAAGUGCCGCAAGCCGCCGAAAGUGCCGCAAGCCGCCGAAAGUGCCGCAAGCCGCCGAAAGUGCCGCAAGCCGCCGAAAGUGCCGCAAGCCGCCGAAAGUGCCGCAAGCCGCCGAAAGUGCCGCAAGCCGCCGAAAGUGCCGCAAGCCGCCGAAAGUGCCGCAAGCCGCCGAAAGUGCCGCAAGCCGCCGAAAGUGCCGCAAGCCGCCGAAAGUGCCGCAAGCCGCCGAAAGUGCCGCAAGCCGCCGAAAGUGCCGCAAGCCGCCGAAAGUGCCGCAAGCCGCCGAAAGUGCCGCAAGCCGCCGAAAGUGCCGCAAGCCGCCGAAAGUGCCGCAAGCCGCCGAAAGUGCCGCAAGCCGCCGAAAGUGCCGCAAGCCGCCGAAAGUGCCGCAAGCCGCCGAAAGUGCCGCAAGCCGCCGAAAGUGCCGCAAGCCGCCGAAAGUGCCGCAAGCCGCCGAAAGUGCCGCAAGCCGCCGAAAGUGCCGCAAGCCGCCGAAAGUGCCGCAAGCCGCCGAAAGUGCCGCAAGCCGCCGAAAGUGCCGCAAGCCGCCGAAAGUGCCGCAAGCCGCCGAAAGUGCCGCAAGCCGCCGAAAGUGCCGCAAGCCGCCGAAAGUGCCGCAAGCCGCCGAAAGUGCCGCAAGCCGCCGAAAGUGCCGCAAGCCGCCGAAAGUGCCGCAAGCCGCCGAAAGUGCCGCAAGCCGCCGAAAGUGCCGCAAGCCGCCGAAAGUGCCGCAAGCCGCCGAAAGUGCCGCAAGCCGCCGAAAGUGCCGCAAGCCGCCGAAAGUGCCGCAAGCCGCCGAAAGUGCCGCAAGCCGCCGAAAGUGCCGCAAGCCGCCGAAAGUGCCGCAAGCCGCCGAAAGUGCCGCAAGCCGCCGAAAGUGCCGCAAGCCGCCGAAAGUGCCGCAAGCCGCCGAAAGUGCCGCAAGCCGCCGAAAGUGCCGCAAGCCGCCGAAAGUGCCGCAAGCCGCCGAAAGUGCCGCAAGCCGCCGAAAGUGCCGCAAGCCGCCGAAAGUGCCGCAAGCCGCCGAAAGUGCCGCAAGCCGCCGAAAGUGCCGCAAGCCGCCGAAAGUGCCGCAAGCCGCCGAAAGUGCCGCAAGCCGCCGAAAGUGCCGCAAGCCGCCGAAAGUGCCGCAAGCCGCCGAAAGUGCCGCAAGCCGCCGAAAGUGCCGCAAGCCGCCGAAAGUGCCGCAAGCCGCCGAAAGUGCCGCAAGCCGCCGAAAGUGCCGCAAGCCGCCGAAAGUGCCGCAAGCCGCCGAAAGUGCCGCAAGCCGCCGAAAGUGCCGCAAGCCGCCGAAAGUGCCGCAAGCCGCCGAAAGUGCCGCAAGCCGCCGAAAGUGCCGCAAGCCGCCGAAAGUGCCGCAAGCCGCCGAAAGUGCCGCAAGCCGCCGAAAGUGCCGCAAGCCGCCGAAAGUGCCGCAAGCCGCCGAAAGUGCCGCAAGCCGCCGAAAGUGCCGCAAGCCGCCGAAAGUGCCGCAAGCCGCCGAAAGUGCCGCAAGCCGCCGAAAGUGCCGCAAGCCGCCGAAAGUGCCGCAAGCCGCCGAAAGUGCCGCAAGCCGCCGAAAGUGCCGCAAGCCGCCGAAAGUGCCGCAAGCCGCCGAAAGUGCCGCAAGCCGCCGAAAGUGCCGCAAGCCGCCGAAAGUGCCGCAAGCCGCCGAAAGUGCCGCAAGCCGCCGAAAGUGCCGCAAGCCGCCGAAAGUGCCGCAAGCCGCCGAAAGUGCCGCAAGCCGCCGAAAGUGCCGCAAGCCGCCGAAAGUGCCGCAAGCCGCCGAAAGUGCCGCAAGCCGCCGAAAGUGCCGCAAGCCGCCGAAAGUGCCGCAAGCCGCCGAAAGUGCCGCAAGCCGCCGAAAGUGCCGCAAGCCGCCGAAAGUGCCGCAAGCCGCCGAAAGUGCCGCAAGCCGCCGAAAGUGCCGCAAGCCGCCGAAAGUGCCGCAAGCCGCCGAAAGUGCCGCAAGCCGCCGAAAGUGCCGCAAGCCGCCGAAAGUGCCGCAAGCCGCCGAAAGUGCCGCAAGCCGCCGAAAGUGCCGCAAGCCGCCGAAAGUGCCGCAAGCCGCCGAAAGUGCCGCAAGCCGCCGAAAGUGCCGCAAGCAAGCCGCCGAAAGUGCCGCAAGCAAGCCGCCGAAAGUGCCGCAAGCAAGCCGCCGAAAGUGCCGCAAGCAAGCCGCCGAAAGUGCCGCAAGCAAGCCGCCGAAAGUGCCGCAAGCAAGCCGCCGAAAGUGCCGCAAGCAAGCCGCCGAAAGUGCCGCAAGCAAGCCGCCGAAAGUGCCGCAAGCAAGCCGCCGAAAGUGCCGCAAGCAAGCCGCCGAAAGUGCCGCAAGCAAGCCGCCGAAAGUGCCGCAAGCAAGCCGCCGAAAGUGCCGCAAGCAAGCCGCCGAAAGUGCCGCAAGCAAGCCGCCGAAAGUGCCGCAAGCAAGCCGCCGAAAGUGCCGCAAGCAAGCCGCCGAAAGUGCCGCAAGCAAGCCGCCGAAAGUGCCGCAAGCAAGCCGCCGAAAGUGCCGCAAGCAAGCCGCCGAAAGUGCCGCAAGCAAGCCGCCGAAAGUGCCGCAAGCAAGCCGCCGAAAGUGCCGCAAGCAAGCCGCCGAAAGUGCCGCAAGCAAGCCGCCGAAAGUGCCGCAAGCCGCCGAAAGUGCCGCAAGCCGCCGAAAGUGCCGCAAGCCGCCGAAAGUGCCGCAAGCCGCCGAAAGUGCCGCAAGCCGCCGAAAGUGCCGCAAGCCGCCGAAAGUGCCGCAAGCCGCCGAAAGUGCCGCAAGCCGCCGAAAGUGCCGCAAGCCGCCGAAAGUGCCGCAAGCCGCCGAAAGUGCCGCAAGCCGCCGAAAGUGCCGCAAGCCGCCGAAAGUGCCGCAAGCCGCCGAAAGUGCCGCAAGCCGCCGAAAGUGCCGCAAGCCGCCGAAAGUGCCGCAAGCCGCCGAAAGUGCCGCAAGCCGCCGAAAGUGCCGCAAGCCACCGAAAGUGCCGCAAGCCACCGAAAGUGCCGCAAGCCACCGAAAGUGCCGCAAGCCACCGAAAGUGCCGCAAGCCACCGAAAGUGCCGCAAGCCACCGAAAGUGCCGCAAGCCACCGAAAGUGCCGCAAGCCACCGCAAGUGCCGCAAGCCACCGCAAGUGCCGCAAGCCACCGCAAGUGCCGCAAGCCACCGCAAGUGCCGCAAGCCACCGCAAGUGCCGCAAGCCACCGCAAGUGCCGCAAGCCACCGCAAGUGCCGCAAGCCACCGAAAGUGCCGCAAGCAACCGAAAGUGCCCACCGCUUUGGAAAUGACGACGACGACGACGACGACGACGACGACGACGACGACAACAACCAGUGA